AUGACUGCAACUCUCUCUAAAUUUAACAUUGGCUUCCUCUCAUUUUCUUCUUCUUUCUUAUCUACACAAAUGAAGUUUUACUUCUGUACCUUUUUUGCAUUUUAUUCUUUCAUUUAUUUUUUCAUUCUUUGCUUAUUUUCAUUUAAUUUCUUCCUUCCUUUUAUUUACUUCAUUUAUUUUCUCUUUGCUGGUCCUUUUCAUGUUUCCAUUUCUUUUUAUUCCUCCUGUAUCUGUCAUUCAAGUUCAUUUUCCUUCUCUAAUUUUAUCUGUUUGAUUUCAUCAUCUGCAUCAUUUUCUUCUUUGCCAUAUCCUCCAUUCUUUGCCUCUCUUUUUCUUUCCAACCACAUGCAUCAUUGCUUCUUUCAAAUUCUUUCCAAUCUAUUUCUUCUUCCUCCCUAUUCCUUCUCUCAUAUUUUUCUUCUAUCAUGCAUUAUUCCAUCAAAUUGUUUCCACUCUCUCUCUUCUCCCUCUCUAUCCUUUCUCUUAUAUUUUUCUCCCAGCAUGCAUCAUUGCUUCUUUCAAAUUCUUUCCAAUCUAUUUCUUCUUCCUCCCUAUUCCUUCUCUCAUAUUUUUCUUCUAGCAUGCAUUAUUCCAUCAAAUUGUUUCCACUCUCUCUCUUCUCCCUCUCUAUCCUUUCUCUCAUAUUUUUCUCCCAGCAUGCAUCAUUGCUUCUUUCAAAUUCUUUCCAAUCUAUUUCUUCUUCCUUCCUAUUCCUUCUCUCAUAUUUUUCUUCUAUCAUGCAUUAUUCCAUCAAAUUGUUUCCUCUCUCUCUUCUCCCUCUCUAUCCUUUCUCUCAUAUUUUCUCCCAGCAUGCAUCAUUGCUUCUUUCAAAUUCUUUCCAAUCUAUUUCUUCUUCCUUCCUAUUCCUUCUCUCAUAUUUUUCUUCUAUCAUGCAUUAUUCCAUCAAAUUGUUUCCACUCUCUCUCUUCUCCCUCUCUAUCCUUUCUCUCAUAUUUUUCUCCCAGCAUGCAUCAUUGCUUCUUUCAAAUUCUUUCCAAUCUAUUUCUUCUUCUUCCCUAUUCUUUCUCUCAUAUUUUCUUCUAUCAUGCAUUAUUCCAUCAAAUUGUUUCUCUCUCUCUUCUCUCUCUCUAUCCUUUCUCUCAUAUUUUUCUCCCAGCAUGCAUCAUUGCUUCUUUCAAAUUCUUUCAAUCUAUUUCUUCUUCCUCCCUAUUCCUUCUCUCAUAUUUUUUUUCUUCUAUCAUGCAUUAUUCCAUCAAAUUGUUUCCAAUCUCUCUCUUCUCCCUCUCUAUCCUUUCUCUCAUAUUUUUCUCCCAGCAUGCAUCAUUGCUUCUUUCAAAUUCUUUCCAAUCUAUUUCUUCUUCCUCCCUAUUCCUUCUCUCAUAUUUUUCUUCUAUCAUGCAUUAUUCCAUCAAAUUGUUUCCACUCUCUCUCUCUAUCCUUUUCUCAUAUUUUUCUCAUGCAUCAUUGCUUCUUUCAAAUUUUCCAAUCUAUUUCUUCUUCCUCCCUAUUUUCUCUCAUAUUUUUCUUCUAUCAUGCAUUAUUCCAUCAAAUUGUUUCCACUCUCUCUCUUCUCCCUCUCUAUCCUUUCUCUCAUAUUUUUCUCCCAGCAUGCAUCAUUGCUUCUUUCAAAUUCUUUCCAAUCUAUUUCUUCUUCCUCCCUAUUCCUUCUCUCAUAUUUUUCUUCUAUCAUGCAUUAUUCCAUCAAAUUGUUUCCACUCUCUCUCUUCUCUCUCUCUAUCCUUUCUCUCAUAUUUUUCUCCCAGCAUGCAUCAUGGCUUCUUUCAAAUUCUUUCCAAUCUAUUUCUUCUUCCUCCCUAUUCUUUCUGUCAAAUUUUUCUUCUGUCAUGCAUUAUUCCAUCAAAUUGUUUCCACUCUCUCUCUUCUCUCUCUCUAUCCUUUCUCUCAUAUGUUUCUCCCAGCAUGCAUCAUGGCUUCUUUCAAAUUCUUUCCAAUCUAUUUCUUCAUCCUCCCUAUUCUUUCUGUCAUAUUUUUCUUCUAUCAUGCAUUAUUCCAUCAAAUUGUUUCCACUCUCUCUCUUCUCCCUCUCUAUCCUUUCUCUCAUAUUUUUCUCCCAGCAUGCAUCAUUGCUUCUUUCAAAUUCUUUCCAAUCUAUUUCUUCUUCCUCCCUAUUCUUUCUCUCAUAUUUUUCUUCUAUCAUGCAUUAUUCCAUCAAAUUGUUUCCCACUCUCUCUCUUCUCCUCUCUAUCCUUUCUCUCAUAUUUUUCUCCCAGCAUGCAUCAUUGCUUCUUUCAAAUUCUUUCCAAUCUAUUUCUUCUUCCUCCCUAUUCCUUCUCUCAUAUUUUCUUCUAUCAUGCAUUAUUCCAUCAAAUUGUUUCCUCUCUCUUCUCCCUCUAUCCUUUCUCUCAUAUUUUUCUCCCAGCAUGCAUCAUUGCUUCUUUCAAAUUCUUUCCAAUCUAUUUCUUCUUCCUCCUAUUCUUUCUCUCAUAUUUUUCUUCUAUCAUCAUUAUUCCAUCAAAUUGUUUCUCUCUCUCUUCUCUCUCUAUCCUUUCUCUCAUUUUUUCUCCCAGCAUGCAUCAUUGCUUCUUUCAAAUUCUUUCAAUCUAUUUCUUCUUCCUCCCUAUUCCUUCUCUCAUAUUUUUCUUCUAUCAUGCAUUAUUCCAUAAAAUUGUUUCCACUCUCUCUCUUCUCCUUCUCUAUCCUUUCUCUCAUAUUUUUCUCCCAGCAUGCAUCAUUGCUUCUUUCAAAUUCUUUCCAAUCUAUUUCUUCUUCCUCCCUAUUCCUUCUCUCAUAUUUUUCUUCUAUCAUGCAUUAUUCCAUAAAAUUGUUUCCACUCUCUCUCUUCUCCCUCUCUAUCCUUUCUCUCAUAUUUUUCUCCCAGCAUGCAUCAUUGCUUCUUUCAAAUUCUUUCCAAUCUAUUUCUUCUUCCUCCCUAUUCCUUCUCUCAUAUUUUUCUUCUAUCAUGCAUUAUCCCAUCAAAUUGUUUCCAAUCUCUCUCUUCUCCCUCUCUAUCCUUUCUCUCAUAUUUUUCUCCCAGCAUGCAUCAUUGCUUCUUUCAAAUUGUUUCCAAUCUAUUUCUUCUUUCUCCCUAUUCCUUCUCUCAUAUUUUUCUUCUAUCAUGCAUUAUUCCAUCAAAUUGUUUCCACUCUCUCUCUUCUCUCUCUCUAUCCUUUCUCUCAUAUUUUUCUCCCAGCAUGCAUCAUUGCUUCUUUCAAAUUCUUUCCAAUCUAUUUCUUCUUCCUCCUAUUCCUUCUCUCAUAUUUUUCUUCUAUCAUGCAUUAUUCCAUCAAAUUGUUUCCAAUCUCUCUCUUCUUCCCUCUCUAUCCUUUCUCUCAUAUUUUCUCCCAGCAUGCAUCAUUGCUUCUUUCAAAUUCUUUCAAUCUAUUUCUUCUUCCUCCCUAUUCCUUCUCUCAUAUUUUUCUUCUAUCAUGCAUUAUUCCAUCAAAUUGUUUCUCUCUCUCUUCUCUCUCUCUAUCCUUUCUCUCAUAUAUUUUUUCUCCCAGCAUGCAUCAUGGCUUCUUUCAAAUUCUUUCCAAUCUAUUUCUUCUUCCUCCCUAUUCUUUCUCUCAUAUUUUCUUCUGUCAUGCAUUAUUCCAUCAAAUUGUUUCCCUCUCUCUCUUCUCUCUCUCUAUCCUUUCUCUCAUAUUUUCUCCCAGCAUGCAUCAUUGCUUCUUUCAAAUUCUUUCCAAUCUAUUUCUUCUUCCUCCCUAUUCUUUCUCUCAUAUUUUUCUUCUAUCAUGCAUUAUUCCAUCAAAUUGUUUCCACUCUCUCUCUUCUCCCUCUCUAUCCUUUCUCUCAUAUUUUUCUCCCAGCAUGCAUCAUUGCUUCUUUCAAAUUCUUUCCAAUCUAUUUCUUCUUCCUCCCUAUUCCUUCUCUCAUAUUUUUCUUCUAUCAUGCAUUAUUCCAUCAAAUUGUUUCCAAUCUCUCUCUUCUCCCUCUCUAUCCUUUCUCUCAUAUUUUUCUCCCAGCAUGCAUCAUGGCUUCUUUCAAAUUCUUUCCAAUCUAUUUCUUCUUCCUCCCUAUUCUUUCUCUCAUAUUUUUCUUCUGUCAUGCAUUAUUCCAUCAAUUUUGUUUCCACUCUCUCUCUUCUCUCUCUCUAUCCUUUCUCUCAUAUGUUUCUCCCAGCAUGCAUCAUUGCUUCUUUCAAAUUCUUUCCAAUCUAUUUCUUCUUCCUCCCUAUUCUUUCUGUCAUAUUUUUCUUCUAUCAUGCAUUAUUCCAUCAAAUUGUUUCCUCCUCUCUUCUCCCUCUCUAUCCUUUCUCUCAUAUUUUUCUCCCAGCAUGCAUCAUUGCUUCUUUCAAAUUCUUUUCAAUCUAUUUCUUCUUCCUCCUAUUCCUUCUCUCAUAUUUUCUUCUAUCAUGCAUUAUUCCAUCAAAUUGUUUCCAAUCUCUCUCUUCUCUCUCUCUAUCCUUUCUCUCAUAUUUUCUCCCAGCAUGCAUCAUGGCUUCUUUCAAAUUCUUUCCAAUCUAUUUCUUCUUCCUCCCUAUUCUUUCUCUCAUAUUUUUCUUCUAUCAUGCAUUAUUCCAUCAAAUUGUUUCCACUCUCUCUCUUCUCUCUCUCUAUCCUUUCUCUCAUAUGUUUCUCCCAGCAUGCAUCAUGGCUUCUUUCAAAUUCUUUCCAAUCUAUUUCUUCAUCCUCCCUAUUCUUUCUGUCAUAUUUUUCUUCUAUCAUGCAUUAUUCCAUCAAAUUGUUUCCACUCUCUCUCUUCUCCCUCUCUAUCCUUUCUCUCAUAUUUUUCUCCCAGCAUGCAUCAUUGCUUCUUUCAAAUUCUUUCAAUCUAUUUCUUCUUCCUCCCUAUUCCUUCUCUCAUAUUUUCUUCUAUCAUGCAUUAUUCCAUCAAAUUGUUUCCCUCUCUCUCUUCUCUCUCUAUCCUUUCUCUCAUAUUUUUCUCCCAGCAUGCAUCAUUGCUUCUUUCAAAUUCUUUCAAUCUAUUUCUUCUUCCUCCUAUUCCUUCUCUCAUAUUUUUCUUCUAUCAUGCAUUAUUCCAUCAAAUUGUUUCCACUAUCUCUCUUCUCUCUCUCUAUCCUUUCUCUCAUAUUUUUCUACCAGCAUGCAUUAA